AUGCUCCAGGAUGCCGACGUGUCACAGUCGGGAUACCUCCCUAAUCAUAAUAUCGACCCCAGCAAGCUGAGCUCAUACACCCUGAGCUAUUCCAAGACAUUCAACACUGCUGAGGUCUUUUACGCCAAGCCUCUCGUCUGGACACCAAGCGGCUCAUCGAGCGAGUACGUUAUUCUUGUCUCGAAUCAGAAUGUUGUUCGGGUUCUUGAUGGAGCCACUGGAACCACGCUGUAUACUCGCAGUCUCGACCCGCCAUUCCUAUCCGCGGACUCAAGCUGUGGAGACAUACCCAAUACGAUAGGGAUCACUGGCAGUCCUAUUAUCGAUUCUGCGACAGAUAUCAUGUAUUUCUACUCGAAAGGUUACAAAAAUGGCGCCAGCAGCGGUGGCACAAUCAAUGGACAAUACAAGCUGUAUGCCGUCAAGCUUCCGGCCUUGACAGAUGUUGCUGGCUUCCCUAAAAGCCUCGAGGGAAUAGCUGCGACUAAUGAUAAUACACGGUACUUCAUCGGUGGCACAGUCUUGCAGCGACCCGGUCUUGCAUUUGUUGGUAAUAGCAUUGUUGCCGGCUUUGGAGGUCAAUGUGACAACUUUAAUUACACUGGACUCUUAGUCACAGCUAGCAAGACUACCGGUACGGUGACGAAUAUGCAAGCGAUGGUUGCAAGGCCGGGUGCUCCCUCGCCCCAGCCUACCGAUAUCCAGGACCAAACAGGUGGCAAAGCUGGUAUUUGGCAGUCAGGCAUGGGUCUCGCCGUUGACUCAGCUAAAAGCCGUGUGUACUUCGUCACUGGAAACGGACGUGGUCCAGGAGAUCUUAAGGGGUCUGCCGGUGUGGCAACGCCGGGCUCAACGAAGAUCAGCACACUCGAACAGACUGUGGCACGCUUCUCUGUGGAUGGAUCGGGAUUGCUGACGCAAGAGGAUUGGUUCUGUCCGGUUGAGUAUGACAACUUAAACGGCAGUGAUGGUGACUUUGGCUCGUCUGGUGUUGCGCUUCUUGACCCAGCUACCUUCUCGGGUGGCGGAGUGAACAGGCUUGCUGUUGCCACGGGAAAGAAUGGCAAAGUGUACAUCAUGGAUGCCGACAGUCUUGGCGGUUUUAGGAUGGGCAGUGGCUCAACAGAUGGAGUCAUUCAAACUCUCGACUAUACCGGAGCCUCAUUCUUUGGUGGCAUUGGUAGCUAUCCCGGUGGUGGAGGCUAUAUAUAUUUCAUCCCUACCAAUGGUUACCUUUAUGCCUACAAAUUCUCUAUUCAAAAUGGCAAGCCGAACUUUGCACUAGCUGGCAAGAGUGCCCUCACUUUUGCAGGCAAGUGUGUUCCGACUGUGACGGACUUGAAUGGCCAAGCCGGUACUGGUGUGGUCUGGGUUUCGGAUGUCAAUCAAGGACUGCACACCGCCGCCGCCCCCGACUGUUUCCAGCGUUUCAUCCACGGCCCCGGCCACUACCAGUUCCAAAUCGAGCACGAGCUCGACAAAAUCGUCGACGCUAAGCUCAUCAAGAAUACUACAUUUGAGGAUGGUCCGGCCAUGGUCACGCAAUGUCCCAUCCCGCCGGGUGAAUUCUUUGUCUACCAGUUCAAGGUGCUACAAGCAGGCACGUAUUGGUACCACGCUCACGUUGGCGGCCAGUAUAUUGAUGGCUUCCGUGGCCCGCUCAUCAUCAAAGAUACUCAGGCGCCUUACAAGGUUGAUCAGGAGGUGACGCUGACGUUGUCGGAUCUGUAUCAUGACGAGGCGCCUUACCUGAUCAACUACUUCCUGUCGUCAGACAAUACUGACACAACAGGCGGCGCAGAGCCUGUGCCUAAUUCAGCACUAAUGAACGAGGCUCAGAACGUUAAGUUUUCCAUCACUCCAGGAAAGAAGUACUUGUUCCGGAUCAUCAACAUGGGCGCCAUCGGGGCACACUACCUUCAGUUUGACCAGCACACAAUGACGAUCGUGGAGGUUGAUGGUGUUUUCGUCCAGCCGUAUGAUGUGCAACAAUUGUUUGUUGGCGUGGCGCAACGAUACAGUGUCGUGAUACAGGCGAAGGCAGAUGCAAGCAAGAACUACGCCAUCGUGGCAUCGAUGGACAGCGACAUGUUUGCGUCGUACCUCAUGCCCCCAGGAAUGAACACCAACGUGACGGGGUGGCUAGUCUACGACUCUGCAAAGGCUCUACCAGCACCUCCAAGCCUUCAGAUCCAGCCUUUUGACGACAGCGUGCUGAUUCCAGCUGAUCAAGUACCCCUAAUGGAUCCGCCAUCACAGACGAUCUACCUGACCGCAUCGUUUGGUGCCAACGAAGCCGGAUCAACUCGCGGUCUAUUCAAUGGAGUUACCUAUGUGCCGCAAAAGGUUCCCACCCUGUACACUGCUCUGACUGCGCCGGCCAACGUGUUGAAUGACCCGACGAUUUAUGGCACCAACAGCAUACCAUUUGUGCUGCCAUACAAUUCCAUCAUUCAGCUUAGCAUCAACAACCACGAUGACCGCGCGCAUCCUUUCCAUCUGCACGGUCACAACUUCCAGGUGGUCACUCGUGGCUCCGGCGGGUCAAACUUCCCCGGCUUGUUCGACGCUCGCCCGCUGCCAAUGCGCCGAGACACGCUUGUCAUCUAUGCCGAGAGCAGCGCCGUGAUCCGCUUCAGGGCCGAUACCCCGGGCAUCAACCUAUUCCAUUGCCAUACCGAGUGGCAUGUGGAGAGCGGAUUGACCGUCACGUUCAUUGAGGCGCCGACCGAGCUACAGGCCAUGAAGCCGUACAUCCCCGUCAGCCACCGCGAUGUUUGCGACAAGCAUGGUAUUCUGAGGAAGGGUAACGCGGCUGGCAACAGCAAGAAUUGGCAGGACCUGACCGGGGCAAACACCGAGCCGCCAGCCAGUGAAUGGGGCGCUCUUGUCAAUCCACCAACUAGCCGAUGA